UUUAACUUUAGUUUUGUUAGCGUGGGUUGAAUUUAUUUUACAUUAAAACACUAUUUUUAUUAAUUGGUGCAUAAGAAUUUGUUGAUCAAAUGAUUUUUUGCACUAAGCGGUUUAGAGUGUGGUUGCCUAUGAAGUAGUAAAGCUUUAUAUCUGAAAGGAUUGUAGAAGAGGCAGUCACCAUGUCUCAGCAAUACAGUUUGCGGUGGAAUAACCACCAGCCAAACUUUAUAUCAAUGUUUACAACACUUCUCAACACAAAGACACUUGUAGAUGUGACACUUGCGGCCGAGGGACAACACUUACAAGCACAUAAAGUUGUCCUUUCUGCGUGCAGUACUUAUUUUCAGGCACUCUUUGUGGACAAUCCAUCUCGUCAUCCAAUUGUCAUCUUGAAAGAUGUAUCUUUCUCUGAUCUUCGCACAAUGGUUGACUUCAUGUAUUAUGGUGAAGUCAAUGUCACUGAAGAGCAGUUGCCACAGGUACUGGACACUGCAAAAUUACUGAAAAUCAAGGGUCUCACUGAGAUGCCUGAUUCUACAUCCCUCACACGACAAAAUACAUCAUCUGACUUCCAGUCGCCAGGGGAGUCUAUGGAAUCGCUUAGGCCUUCUGCGUCACCAUCAUCGUCUCCAUGUAACAGAAGAAGAAGACGCCGGAAAAGUUCAUCUGGUUCAACGAAUCUAGGCAAUCUGGUGCAUGAUGAGCCCAAAAAUGAAGAGUAUGGGCAAAACUCCCAUGACAUUGUCCGCGGUGAGACCAUCACACUCAGCAGUCUGCCUCAGCAAAGACGCAUGAGGGAAUAUGAGGAACGGAUGGAUGUCAUUCAGCAGCCUGGAGAAGCCCACAAUCUUAAUGUGGAACCUAUGACAAUGGAUAACAAUGCAGUGGGACUAGCACAAGGUAUGUCAGGAGGACAAUGGAGUAUGUUGGAGCACACUUACCCGCGAUACCCAAACGCCGCUUGUAUCGGUGGGGGAGGGCUGCAACCGGACCCGGGAAUGUAUAUCAACAAUGUCAUUAAUCCUCACGCGGAUCACGAAAUGAACGAUUACGGCCAAAAUUUAGGGGUGACCGGCCCGUCGCCGGGCCCCAGUUGUGCGGCGGAAGCUCAAACGACCCACGACAUAUCGGCACAGAAUCAACCGAAACGACGGCGCACUACGAACCCACAGGCCGCGGAGAACUUCCAGAGGGCGUUGGAAGCGGUGCGCAUCGGCGGCAUCGGGUUCUGUAAAGCGGCGCGGCUAUUCGGCGUGAACAACAGAACGCUGUGGUUGGAGUACAAGAAGAAGGGCUACCCCAACAACCGGCCGAGCAUCAAGAGCAGGAUCAAGCGCGAGCACUCGUCGCCGCCGAUCGAGACGAAGGAGGAGAUGCCGCCGCAGGAGCAGCAGAUGGCGCUGAUCUGCCCGCCGCACCCGGUGCCCGUCGGGUUCAUCGACCCGCGGCCGCUGGACUUCCAGGUGCAGGUGAACAACCCGACGCUGAACGUGAACUACCAGAUGCAAUAGAACGCGGCAUGCGGCGCGCCGGGCGUCGAGUCGUACUCGUUGUGACCGGGGUGGGCCGGCGGGCCGCUGCCCCCGCCCGGCCCCGCGCUGCCGCUGCUGCUCGGGCCCGCAGACCCGUGGCGAGUCGUCAACAUGCAACUGCCCCUGUAAAUACUGGACACUCGCGCGAGGCCCGCGUGCGCGCCUUCCUUCGCUCAACGGAAUUGAACGUGCAUUUCAAUAUGCGAACUUACGACCUUAAAAUAUAUCGAGAAGAUUUUUUGUGUCGAGCUUUAUUGAAGAAAUAUAACCUAAUUCGCACAAGUGUGGCGGGUUAUCUAGGAUGCCAAUUGCUACUAAUGAAAAAAGCAUAUAAAUCUUCCAGCAACACAGAUAUACAUUGAAAUAUAUGUGAUCCUGCUACAUUAGAGGAUGAACGAUACUUCUAAACUUGUAAAUACAGUUCCAGUUAACCAAACAGUUUAAGAUAUAUGGUUUGUGAUGGCUUUAGACAGUCCAACGUGUUUUAAACCUAUUCAUCGUAAUAAAUGCAGUCGACAAUGCAUACAAUUCAAUUGUGAUGAUUAGACUUAAAGUACUUGAGUAUCGUAAUAUUGCAUGCCAAAUGACUAUAUUGUAUUACCUUAAUCGACUUUAGUCCUCUAACCUCAAGGCAAAAGAACCAUUUUCAAAUGUGUGUUUUACGAAAUCAAUUAUUAGGUUAACUUUACUCUUGAGGUAAUAUAGAGGAAAUUAGUACGAAAAGUGUAUUACAAUAGAGUAAAACAAUUGGAUGCACUUGAAGCGUGACGCUGGGCGACGCUACAUCCUCUGCGGGUGAUACAUUGCCAUAAAAAUAGUAUAUUUAGAUCUCAGUAGAACAGUAAGGUUUAUAAGAUAUUUGUAAAUGCUUUAUUAUCAUAUUACGCAUUACUUAGAUUGUAAGAUAUGUGAAAUGUGAUAGCGAAUUUAUUAUAGUUAUUAUAAUAGGAUCAGAUUGAUGUUCUAUGAAUUUCUAACAACCGUGUUAUUGCAUUGUUGAGCUUUAAAUCAUAACACAAAAGGCAGCUUAAGUUCAUUUGUAUGAAAUCUACCUCCGCUUAAAUAUUCUUACGUAUAGUUUAGUUAUGAUCGAUUAUGCGUCAGUUAUUACUACCAGUGAAACACAAUUCUGUGAUAGUAUUUUGAAAUAUUAUUACAUUAAAAAUACUUGCUUAAAAUUUAUUAAGCACAAUCAAGCAAGAUCUUCAGUAUGUUUAAAUUUUUUAUAGCAUAAGUAUUUUUGUAAUAAUUGUAUUGUAUUUAUGGUUUCUUUUUUGGUGUAGCUAAGUAUGAUUAGGAGACAAUUUAUUAUACACUUUUAGAUAUUGCUCUUGCAUUAAAAAUCAUAUAUAGUAAUUAAAUUGCGUAUCGCCGGUCGUCGAUUAGAAGUAGAAGAAAAAAAUCACUUUUAAUAAUAUUUUAUAAAUUAAUAUAAUUAAUACACGCAAAAGCCAUAAACCGUCGAUAUAUUUAACUCGAUAAAAUCAUUCCACAGAUCUUAUGUGAGCGUAACCAUUAUUAUCUGUGGAUAUUGGUAUAUCUAAUUCAUUUUACGCAUAAUAGUUUAAAGUAGACACAUCACAACAAUAAAAUUUCAGUUAACUGGACAAUUACAUUAAUUUCAAAAUUCUUGUAUCGCAUUAAAGGUUAUCAAUAGGAAUACAAGCGAAUUCCGAACGUGCUAAGCGGGUCCGCACCGAAUACGUUACGUACGCGCAAAGUACACGCCACGCAUGCGCAGUGAAUUGGAUACGCAACUAGAAGCGUGGACACCAUUUUGUGCUGCCUCCUUCCGGUUCUGCUACGAACGAAAGACUAACGUUGACAAUUUUCUACGCGCCACGCCCCGCAGCCGUUUACAAACCAACAGUAUGAUGAGACCCGUAUGUCUCAACGCUUUUAAUGUAUUGAAUCGUGACCCCUUAGGAACUGAUUUCAUACUGAGUGAAAUUAAGUAUUAAGAAAUAAUCACAAUACAAAAUCACAGAUUAAAACUGAGCACAAAUUAACCUUUCAGCUGCUGGCAGUAUAAAGAGUAAAUCUUAAAUUUAGUACAGUUUUAAUGAACAAAAAUAACGCAAGUGAAGUGGGUGGUAGUUUAUUGCGUUUCAACCAGCGCGAUGAUUGGAAUAGUUUAAGCUAGUCGGUCUGUACCAACUUGCAUUGUUUUAUUUUAUUUAUUUAAGUUAAAUUUUUUUCUUUAGUUUUAAUUUUCGUCACUACCGCGAAGGUAUACUUACUAUUUCAAGGAUACAUUCUUGAAAACAUACUCUCAGGGAUUCCCUACCUACGUUACGAUUAUGCUUUAUUAUUUUUUAUUUUUUAUACACAUUGUUUUCUCAAAUACGUUAUGUAUCGAUGUUCCCAAAAAUGUACUUAAUAUUCUUGUGUCAUAUCUUUUUAAACGAAGUAAAUUGAACAUCACAUAUUUAUUCUGACUUGCCAUAUUAUUCUCAAUUCGUAGCGUAUUGCUUUUUUUUUUGUGGAGUUUAGUGGAGAUGAAAAAUAAAUCAUGACCUACCCAACCUUGUGUGGUAUCGUCGGAUAGAUAUUUUAAAGUUAGGUUCAGGUUUGAUACCUGACUUCCAUUUUAAGGGUUGAAUUUUUUUAAUAUUAUGGGUGUAAGGUCGAAAUUAGACUUAUCAGUAUUGUAUUGCAUUUUAGUAAUAACUCUUACACAAUUGCCAUCUAAAUGACUAUAAUUUUUUCAAAAUUACAAAGCCUCGUAUUCCUGGUAAUCAUUUGUUGAGCAAAAUCUGGUGUGGUGAUGUCAACUUUUAUGUAUAUUUUCACGAUAAUUAUUCUAAAACCUUCGAUAUAAAAUAUUACAUUAAUUAUUUUUAAACUGAAAAGUGAUUAGAUGCAACUUACAACAUUACUCAGUAUGUAUUGAGAAAAUAAAAUAUAUGUGGUGCGUAUAAAAAUAAUAUAUCGUUUUGCAAUAAUUAUAAAUUUACUUAAUGUCCUAAGGCCCCGAGGUGGGUCAAAGGGCGUCGAAAGUACAUGGCCACAACUUAUAAUAUAUAUUAUAUUAUAUGGCCUUAAUUGUGUAUUAGAUUACUAAGUAAAUUGUAUAACGCUAAGUGACCGAAUUAAUAAGCAAUUGAAUGUGAACCCACUUGAUUUGCUUCAAACAGGCCUACAUUUCUCUAUUUUCUACAGAAAUCGAUCUCGAUCCCUUGUGUAUGUAUAUAGGCAUGUUUUAAUAGAUACCAUGCAUUUAUAGAAUUAAGGUAGUGUUAAAUUGUGUCCUACGAGUAAUAUUAGUGUGGGAAGUUAUUAAAUAAUUGAAUCUUCACAUUAGGGAUUGAAUAAGUUGUAUUUUUGAGUUACUUUAUAAGCAUGCCAAUGACUGAGUAAUUUUCGAAUGGAAAAAUGUUACGUUUUGGGGAUAUUUUUUUAUUUUACUUUAGAAUUGAAACAGUAAUGAAGAUCUCUUGCAUUUUGACUGAUUUUUUUAAAUAUUCUUAGCGUUUUAUAUCGUACUUUUCAUUAGCAUUUUUUUUACAAAAGGUAUGAUAAGUGUGCUGAUUUAUUUUGUAUACAGUAUUGUAAGGGUAGAAAAGGAGGUUCUAAUAAUAUAUUAUACUAUGCCAAUAAGGAAGUGUAAAUAAUUAUGCAUGCUAUCAUUAUCAUAAUUAAACUAUGUACACAUAUACAUAUGGAACAAAAUCAUAAUCUAAUAAUAGUUAUAAACUAAAUUCAUUUAUUUAAAACAUUAGAAAUGGCUGGCAUAAACGUUUUCAAGAUAAUAUUGUAAUGAGUAUAUUUUCACACUUUACGUAGAAAUGUGCUCAGAUAAUCGUCAAAUGUAGCACAUCGCCAGUCAUUUCUUAUUUCUCUUUCGCUUCUCUCACAAAGAACUGUGUAAAUUGGUAGGUUGUGUAAUUUUUGUUACCAGAUUAGGGCAUUUAUGUUAAGUGGCGCUCUAGUAGUGAGUGACCUUGAGACUGUGUAUAAUUUUUCAGUAUUAUAAAAGGCGUUUGAGUAUUUUAGACAAAGUGUCAAUUAUUUGAAUACUAUAUAACAUGAAUAAAAGAAGUAGAAUAAAUAUGUCGUAUGUAAAUACAAUGUUUUAAUGAUUGGCACAUUGUACAUUUACUGCGGUCAUGUCGAUACGUAUUGGGCAAAAAUGUCAUGUCAUCUCUGUAAAUAUGUGCGUAGCACUACAUUAUACCAAAAUAGGCAAUAAAGCAUGUGGUUAUUUUAUAAAA